AUGCUUGGAACUAAACUCCAUCUAGCAAUGCAUUCAAGUUUUUUACCCUUCCAGAAUCACACCAAGAAAAUGUUGGCGAGGUCGAUCAACAUGAUAUCCAUCAAAUCGCCCCUCUUGAGCCGUGGGUUUAUAUAUAAGAGUCUCCUCAUUGAGAAAGGAUAUUCUUUUAAAGGGCUUCCAUUGAACCAAAGCAAAAGAACUCCAUUCAUCUUAACUAAUUGCUUUAGUUCACUACCCGCCAGUCAACUUUUUAAGAAAGGUACCCCCAUGAACGGGCUGUUUUCAACUGAAUCCGUAAUGUUACAACACAACCUGGGGAUUAUAAAUAAAAGACUAUUAUGUGACAGACAUAUUUUGAUAAGGAAAUUUCACAGCACCCCUCAAAAGAAGUUUAAUGGUAAUGAGGGGCCGCCAAAUCGAAGGAUAAAAAUAAUCAGAAUACCCUCAAUUUUACUGAUUUUCUCCUCUCUUGGAAUACUGAUUAUAACGUUAAUGAUUCUUCCUCUAUUAAUAUCUGCAUUUUUUCCAUUUUUGAUACUUGGUAUUGCACUAUUUCAAUUUAGAAAAUGGAAACAAAACACUCUUUACAAGCAAUUAUUGGCUCACUUAAAGAAUAAAUCAAAGGGACACAUGUCAAUAAAAUAUAGUACCUUAAAUUCGCUUCAAUAUAAGAUCUUAAAUGAUAUAAGCUUUAUGAAAAACAGUCAAGGAUUCAAACCAGAUAUUCUGAAUAUGAAAAUGAAUGAUUUUAUAAAUUCAAACGCCAGGGAUUCGGAAGCAUUGUUGAAUCUUUUACAAAGUAGAAUAAUGGAAGCCAUAGAGACUGACGAACUAGGGAUACGGACUUAUUUCCUAGGAGCGGCAGAUAAUAUUAAUAAUGUUACACACUGGGUUAAUGAGGGGCUAGAUUUUGAACUAGACACUAAAAAUAGUAUAUCUAAGGGAAAAUUGGUUAACGGUGAAAUGAUACUAUCAGUGACGUAUGCACUAUAUUUAAAAUCUUUGAAAUCUCCUAAAAGAAGAAUAGCAGAGGUGUCCAUUGUGGUUCUGGAUGAAUCUGUAGAAAAGAAUCAUGUUUUCAUAUCUAUCAACGAUUUAGCAAAAACCAAUAAAUCCUGUCCUAUGGUUUUUGCAAUCAAACCGGUAAAAAUCGAUCUAUCUCUUUUAUUACAACCUUUCCAAUUUAUUUUAGAUGAUUAUGGGAGAUCUGGAAGUAACUAUGAUGUUUAUAACACCAAAUCUGGGAACAGAGAAUUCAGAUUACGAGAAUAG